GUUGCUUGAUACGUGAGAGAUCUUGUUAAAUUUUACUCCGCAAAACACUCUUUCUGUAAAUAACUUUGUACUUAAUCAUGUCCAACGACAUUGGCUUUAAUAGCGAUGAUUCGCCUAAUAAAACUAACACACAUUUACAACUUCCGAGUCCUAUUAUCACACGUCGAAAUCGGACCGCGUCGACUUCGGAAAGGGCAUUAGGAAAUCCUUUGGAGAGCGGCAAAAUCAAAUCAUUUUGCCGGGAAAGAGGUCAUGGUUUUGUGACCCCUGAAAAAGGUGGAGAAGAUAUUUUCGUUCAUAUUUCAGACAUUGAAGGAGAGUUUGUCCCGUUGUCAGGUGAUGAAGUCAUAUACAGACUUUGCCCAAUCCCACCAAAAUUUGAGAAGAACCAAGCAGUCCAUGUCAGGAUAAUCCAUCUGACUCCUGAGAAGCAUCUUAAGUGGGAUGAACCCCCUGUUUAACAUUCUAAUUAAAACAUUACCUAAUUUACUUAAUUUGCCAGUGAAAUCUCUGCCACAAUUUAAUAUAACCCUUUAAUACUUAUUUUGUAUUUUUAACCACUCCAUAAAGAAGUUGUUUUAAUAUCUAUAGUAUUUUACUAUUACUGGGGGUGAUGAUUACAUCAAUCAAUCAAAUUCUAAUUAUAGAACAAUAACAAAAUUUAACAAUAACCUGACCUCUGCUUUUGAAAUAUCAAAGAUAUAACUAGAGGUAGUGUGCUGCUCAUUAAUUUGUUCUUAAGCAUUAAAGAUCUACCUAAGUAAUAAUGUAAAUUCAGUAUUAUUAAAAUAGUGAGAAGCCAACAUGUGGUGCUAACAAAAUUUUCGAAGGUUUUUAACAUCGUAUUAGGAUUUUCAUACCAAUUAGCUGAUACAAUGAAUGAAUAUUUGGCUUCUUGCAGUAUCUUAUAGCCUAGAAAUACAUCGACUUGGCCUAAUUUUUAUGUCUAUUAUGUGUACGUAUUUAGUAGUGUAGUUUCACUUUUUAAAAGGCAAUCACUAGAAAUUUUGUUAGUUAUUUUUAGUUUACCAAACAUUAAAUCUGUAACAAAACAGUUUCAUAAAUUUUUCUGAAAAGAGAAUACAGUAGAUUUGUAGUUUUUUAAUUUUUUCCAUCGGGGUAAGCCAAGAACAGUUAUAAAGGUAAUUUGCACAAAUUAGUACCUACCACUUAUUGUGGUGAACAACAAACGUUUUUCCUUUAGUUUUAGAUUUAAGUGUUUUUUAGUUAGUUUCCUUAGAAUGCAUUCCUCUAGUAAGCAUUUUAAUUGAACAAUUUAAUUACGUAUUUGCUUAUAAAGAAAAGAAUGUUUUAUACAAGAUGCAAAUUGUAUUUACUGUUAUUUGAAAUGUAAUGUAUUAUG